AUGGCUUUUCCCGCAGGAAGAAUCUUCGCGAUCACUGGUGGUGCGUCUGGUAUCGGUCUUGCGACCGCCAAGCUUCUUGCUAAACAGGGUGCUGCUGUGUCUCUGGCGGACAUCAACAAAGCAAACCUUGCCGCGGCCGCCGAGUCUAUCAAACAGGAAAGUCCUUCGGCCCGAGUCCUGACUCAUGCCUUGGACGUGCGCUCACGGUCCGCUGUUGCUACCUGGAUCGCGCGCACAGUUGACGAGCUGGGUAGUCUUGAUGGAGCUGCAAACAUGGCGGGAGUAAUUGGCGGGUCUUUUGAAACCGUCGAGAAUGUGCCGGACGAGGAAUGGGACUCCGUGGUUGGAAUAAACCUGACGGGGACGAUGAUUUGCGUGUCGGAGCAGGUCAAGGCCAUGAAGCGGUUGGCCAAUGGGAGAUGGGAACGAGGGACAAUGAGCAAGGACAGAAGCAUUGUUAACGCGGCAAGCGUUGUGGGUAUUGUUGGCAGAGAGCGCGCGAGUGCCUACGCGGCAACCAAGCACGGGAUCAUCGGGCUCACUAAAUCUGUCGCGAGGGAGGUGGCGAGCGAUAAGAUUAGGGUGAACUCCAUUGCACCGGGACUUAUUUUGACACCAAUGAUCCAACAAGGCCCCGCGGAAAUCACUUCCAGUGAGUCGGACGACCCUUUCGCCCACCGCGCGGCAAUGGGCCGACCUGGACAACCUGAGGAAGUCGCAAACCUGGUAGCUUUCCUUCUCAGCGAACACGCUUCGUUCAUUACUGGAUCUGUAUAUACUGUUGAUGGUGGCUUUACUGCCUAGACAAGAACCCUGAUAACAGUCAGUGGGCUGUGGCGAC